UUCACUUCCAACUCAGCCAUCAUAAGUUUUCCUUUUUUUCCCCACUCUUUACUGCACAAAAUCAUCAAUGGCGAUUCGUCGGAUUUUAGCGAAACGCCUAUCUAGUGCCCUGAAAAUAGAUCCGCUUCCACCGGUUACGGUUCUAGAACGUUUUCACAUUCCGGCGACGCCGCCGGAUUCCGUCAACGCUGAUUUCUUCCGUCGGUUUCUCCAGAGGAGAGAAAUCAAUCAUGUAGCGAGACUGCCGGAGUUUUUUUCUAUUCCAGUGGGAGAAAAAUUGAGAGAGAAGUUGAGGUCUAUGAAUGUUACUGGAGAAAGGAUUAGAUUCGAAGGCCUAGCUCCACCGACCCCGUCUACGGCAACGGCGUUGCUGCCGGCGGAUACGAUUGGGAAGAUAACUGUGAAUGAUGCUAAGAAGAUAUUGAAAAUCUCGCAGAUGGAAAAAGUGAAAUCGAGACUUAGGGAGAUUCCGAUGAACUCUAUUUCGUACUCCGAAUUCGUUGGGAUCUGUGAUGAAUUUUGCUCUAACAGAGAACAGAGUUUGGAUUUCGCUAAAAUGUUGGAUGAAUCCGGUAGCGUCAUCGUUCUGGGUGACGUCGUUUUCCUCCGUCCACAUCAGGUGGCAAAAUCAAUGGACAAAAUAAUUUCAGAAUCCAUAGUAUCCCCAAAUGACCCAAGAAGAAGAGAACUUGAACAUAUGGAAAAGGAAAAGGCCUUUAUUGAUCAAAAAGCCCAAUCACUUGUAAGAGGAGAACUUUACUUUGGUCUGGGCUUUUUAGUUCUCCAAACAUUGGGCUUUAUGAGGCUAACAUUUUGGGAAUUGACUUGGGAUGUGAUGGAGCCCAUUUGCUUCUUUGUGACAUCACUUCACUUUGCCCUUGCAUAUGGAUUCUUCUUAAGAACAUCAAAAGAGCCCACUUUUGAAGGGUAUUUCCAAAGACGUUUCAAAGUGAAACAAAAGAAGCUCAUGAAGACACACAAUUUCGAUCUCGAAAAGUAUAAUAAACUAAGAGAAGCAUUUUAUCCAACUUAUUAUAACCAACCAUAUUAUGGAUUUUCGUAGAAUUAUUCGAUCA